AUGGCCGGCAUCGCGCGCACGACGGCGCUGUCGCUGCUGGCGCUCUUCGCUUUGGGCCUCUGGCUCACGCACCGGUCCCUGCGCGCGGCGACGGGCCGAGCGAGCCCCGGGGCGCGGCUGGCGGCCAUCGAGGGCGACGUGCUCGCGCGGCUCGAGGCCCAGUCGAAGCGCGCCGACGAGGCGGAGAAGCUCGCCGAGGAGGCCAUCGAGUUCUCGAAGACGCUGCGCCUCGAGCGCGACGAGGCCCUCCAGAGCCUCGCGGCGCUCGACGCCGCGCCGCCGGCGCCCGCCGUGUCGCGCAACGUCGAGGACUGGCUCGGCGGCAAGCCGCCGCCCGCGGCGCCCGCGCCGCCGCCGAGGGUCGUGCAGCUGCCGAAGCCCGCGGCGGCGGCGGCGACGCCCUACAUGCCCGCGAAGGACGCGUCGCCGCUCCGCGUGUGCUACGAACACGAGGGCGAGCCCGGCGGCGAGACCUGCGUCGAGCCCGAGCUCCAGUACACGACGAAAACGAACGUGCGCUGGAUCCCCGCGAUCGCGUCGAAGCCCGGCUGGCGCUUCCACCACCUCAUCGAAAACGGCUUCGCGCGGCACCCGGCCGUCGUCCCCGUCGCGAGCGACGAGGAGGCCGACUUCGUGCUCUACCUGCCCGUCUGCACGCCCACGCCGCCGCCCGUGGCCAACGGGCCGAACAAGCUCGUCGUGCUCGACGAGGGCGACGGCGCGGGCUUCUACCCGCGCGUCGGCGAGCACGACUACCUGAUCUACCUCAAGCGGUCGUUCGUGACCAAGUCCGACGGCGUCUACACGGGCACGGGCCGGCGCUACAACCGCCACUACUACCCCAUGGCCUACUCCGUCGCCGACUCCUACUUCCACGCGGAGCUCAUGGGGAAAGUAGCGCGGACGAUCGACGUGCUCUGCUCGAACCGGCCGACGUCCAAGCAGCCGACGCGGUCGCGCGUCGUGUCCUGGAUCCACACCUACCUCGAGGCGCACCCGGACGUCCGGGGCAUCGCGGGCGACGUCAACAGCGGCGGCCGCCGCGAGAUCAACGACGGCUACUUUGGGGCCAUGCGGAAGUCGAAGAUCGUCGUGACCUGCAACCCGAGCCACUGGGAGGGCGACUUCCGGACGUUUGAAGCGCUGGCCUCCGGCGCUCUGAUCUUCGUCGACGAGAUGUACGUGCCCCACCCGCGGCCCUUCGUCGACGGCGAGCACGUCGUCGUCUACGACAACUCGGACGAAAAGGCGUUCGCGGAGAAGCUCGCCUACUACCUCGCGCGCCCGGACGAGGCGGCGAAGAUCGCCGCCGCGGGGCUCAAGCACGCCCUGAAAUACCACCGGGCCGUGAGCCGCAUGGACUGGGUGCUCCGGAGCGCGCACGAGAUCAAGUCGUACGCGGACGCGGACUCGCACCCCUACACGCACACGGCCCGGGCCAUCAAGCACGACGUCAAGGCGACGACCCAGGUGCCGCCCGUCGUCGACAUCGGCGCGCCCGAGUUCAAAAACGUCAAGUCCGUCGCCCCGCGGAAGAACGUCGGCCGCGCCGUCGCGCCGGGCAAGCUCUCCGAGGACCAGAUCGCGGACCUCGUCAAGCAGAACAAGGCUGCCCUGAUCACGAUGGACCCGGACCGCGCCAAUCGCUUCGUCGUGUCGUCGAAGCGCGGCGCGCUCAUGCGCCAGGGCGCGUCGCUCGACGCGCCGCCGCGCGAGGGCUUCGACGUCGGCGCGGCGCCGGCGGGCGUCGCCGCGCCCGUCACCGAGGCCGCCACGAUCCCGGCCGGCACGGUCGUCGCCGUCGGCGAGCUGCGCGCGCUGGCGAGCGGCAAGGUGCGCGCGCGCCUCGACGCGCCGGCGGCCUGCGCCGGCGCCUGGGUGUCGGCGAGCAUGCUUAAGCUGCUGCCGGCGACGGAGGCCGCCGCGCGCUGGCUCCCUUCGGCCCCGCGGCCGCCGCUCGCGUCGACGACGCCGCGCGUCUUCUGCUUCGCGGCGAGCGGCACGGGCCCGGAGCUCUUCGACAAGCUCGCGGCCCGCUGCGGCGGCCGCCUCGAGCUCACAUGCGCCCUCCUGCCGGGCCGCCACCCGCGGCACAAGGAGGACGUCGUCGGCGACUUGGGCGCGCUCGCGGCGGCGCUCGCGGACUACCUGCCGCUGGAGGAGUCCCUGGCGCCCUACGCGCUCCUCGGCGUGAGCAUCGGCGCGCUCGUCGCCUGGGCGCUGGCCAAGGACAGCGCCAAGGAGCUCCAGCGGCGCGGCCGCCGCGCGCCCGCGGCGCUCGUCGUGUCGUCCGAGGAGUCGCCCGCGCACUUCGAGACCCACACGUGCUGGACCUUCACGGAGGCGACGAGCGACGCCGACGUGGCGGCGGAGCUGCGGCGCUCGGGCUUCUACGACGCCGUACCCGACGAGUUCUGGGACAGCCCGGGCUACCUCGCGUCGUUCGUCCCGCGGACGCGCAAGGAGCUGCAGCUCGAGAUCGGCUGCGCGGCGACGCGCGCGUCCUACGGUGGUCCGCCUCUGGCCUGCCCCAUAUCCGCGUUCCUCGGCGGCAAGGACCGCAUCACGCGCGCGUCCAUGGAGUCCUGGCGCGACGAGACGGCCGGGACCUUCGCGUUGGCGGUCCAUCCCGCCGGCGAGCACCUCAUGGUCGCGCGCGACGCCGCGGUCCACGCGGAGAUGCUGCGCGCGAUCCUGGACAGCUGCGCGCCACAGGACGGGUAA